UUGAUUAAAAAAUUCCUUUCCAUGUGAAAAAUCAAGUCAAUCCUACAAUUCUUUACUCAGUCACCAUCAACACCCUUGUUCUUCAAUCAUUAUCAAUCCAAAUUCCUCAUCACCUCUCUCCAUUUCAACAACCAACCUAACAUUACAUUUUCUCUCAAAAUCCCAAUCAAAAUUGUCACCACUCUCAAUUACCCAAAUGGGAAAAGGCGGUGGUUGUGUACCCAGCAAGAAAAAAUUUCCCGGUGGGGUAAUCGGCGAUGAUCCAACACAACCUCAACCACCAAUAGAGACCAGCAAAACCUCCAUAGAUUCAUCUUCAACAGAACAACCAAACGGUCCAAACCCUACAUCGCAGCGCGAUGUCGAUUUGGAACAUUCAUCAACACCCCACAGUUUGAAGGUAUUCAUAGUCUUUUACUCGAUGUAUGGACACGUUGAGGGGUUAGCGAAGAGGAUGAAGAAAGGGGUUGACUCCGUUGAUGGCGUUGAAGGGGUUUUAUAUAGAGUGCCUGAAACUUUAUCGCCGGAAAUUUUGGUUCAUAUGAAGGCGUCGCCGAAGGAUGAUUCGAUCCCGGAGAUAUCGUCGGCGUCGGAACUUUCAGGUGCUGAUGGGUUUUUGUUUGGGUUUCCGACUAGGUAUGGUUGUAUGGCAGCGCAGAUGAAGGCUUUUUUUGAUACAACGGGGCAGUUGUGGAAAGAGCAGUCACUUGCUGGGAAACCUGCCGGAUUUUUUGUUAGUACUGGUACCCAAGGUGGUGGCCAGGAGACUACUGCCUGGACAGCAAUCACUCAAUUAGUUCACCACGGAAUGCUCUUCGUUCCUGUUGGGUACACCUUUGGUGCGGGAAUGUUCAAGAUGGACUCAAUUCGAGGAGGUUCUCCUUACGGUGCUGGAGUUUUUGCUGGCGAUGGUACUCGAGAACCUAGUGACAUAGAACUAGCUCUGGCAGAGCACCAGGGUAAGUAUAUGGCUGGAGUUGUGAAGAGGCUUGCUCAGCCUUGAUUUCCAAUUGGUCGGGUUUUCGUCACUGAUGUACUCCAUCAUUUGGAGUGUAUAUGUCCUGUUCAUCACUUCAACUCUUUGUUUUCUACACAUAGCCUUUUGCACAAUACUAGGAUACAAGGUGUUUUUUUCCCUUUGUUUUUUUAUUUCUUGCAUUUGUGUUCUUUAUACAUUGUUUCGUCUGUAUUCAUGGAUUUACAUUGGUGUACAUGUUUUAAACACAUAACUCUACUAUUGUUUCGAUGAUGGUCUGAUAAUAAGAUGUCAAAAUUUUGUAGAAA